AUGCCAAUCGACCAAGAAAAAUUAGCUAAAUUGCAAAAAAUGUCCGCCAACAACAAGGUUGGUGGUACCAGAAGAAAGUUCUCCAAGAAAUCUGGUUCCUCCGCCGGUGGUAACAAGGACGAUACCAAAUUACACGAACAAUUGGCUAAGAUGCAUGCUGUCACCGUCGACAACGUUGCUGAAGCCAAUUUCUUCAAGGAAGAUGGUAAUGUUUUGCACUUCAACAAGGUCGGUGUUCAAGUGGCUGAACAACACAACACUUCUGUCUUCUAUGGGUUACCACAAGAAAAGAACUUGCAAGAAUUGUUCCCUGGUAUUGUUUCCCAAAUGGGUCCAGAAGCUAUUCAAGCUUUAUCUCAACUAGCUGCCCAAUUGAAGCAACACGAAGAUAAGGAAAAGAGUGGUGAAGCUGCCACUGCUGAAGAUGCAUCCGCUGUUCCUGAAUUGGUCGGUGGUGAACCAGAUGUCGAAUAA